GAGCAGCAGCCCAUCACGGUGCUGCUUACCGGCUUUGCACCCUUUAAGAAAGACUACCCGGUCAACCCUUCCUGGGAGAUCGUGCGCGGCCUGCCGGACUGGCUGCCCCCGCUCCGCGCCAAGACCGUCACCAGCACCCCGGUAGCCCCCGCCCCCGCCCCCGGGCCUGACCACCCCGCCCCGGUCACCAUCCCCCCGGUCCGGCUGCUCAUCCACCCGGAGCCGAUCCGCGUCAACUACACGGUCGUGCGCGACCUGCCUCACCGCCGCCCCCCCAAGAUCGACCUGGCCAUCCACGUCGGCAUGGCCGGCCCGCGCGCGUACUACUCGAUCGAGCGGCGCGGCCACCGCGACGGGUACGUGAUGCCGGACGUGGACGGGCGGUUCCUGCGGGAGGACGACGAGCGGCGGGCGCGGCGCGGGGAGGCGUGGGUGUGGGAGGGCGUGCCGGCCGAGCUGGAGACCGCGUUGGACUUGGGGGAUGUGCUCAGCCGGUGGAGGGGGUGGGCGCCGAAACACGCGGAUCUGAGGAUCUCGGAGGACGCGGGCCAUUACCUGUGCGACUUCAUCUACUUUUCGAGCCUGGCGCACUUGUACAAGGCGGGCGAGCCGAGGAAGGUGCUGUUCCUGCACGUGCCGUCGGACGCGUCGGAGAACAGCGUCGCGCUGGGGAGGGAGCUGCUGCUGCAGUUGGUGCGGUCGGUGGUGGAGAGCGAGGUC